GGAAAAAUCAGAACAGAAGUAAGUGCAAGGGAUAAUGUUGUAAAAAAAUUACCCUGACAUGGAUUUUGUCAAUAUAAAGUUAUUAUUAAAUAAAAUAAAAUAAAAUAUUUUUAAAAAUAAUAAAUAAAUAAAAAAAGAAAAAAGAAAAACUUUCCCAAUAAUUAGGGCUGUUUCAGAGAUGUUGAAGAAGGGAUUUCUGUUCAGGGAGGGCUUGGAUUAGGGUUCCUCUAGUGCCUUCCAAUUCAGAGACUGUGAGAUUUGAUGAUUCUCCUAGGAACCUCUAUUGGUCCUUUCCCUUUCCUCCAAUGACUGAAGAGGUGUGGGUAGAACUUCUCUGGAAGACUGUAUGGUGGUCUCAAACACUUCAAAUCAUUAGGGCUUUUCUUUGCUUUCCCGCCUUCCUAGGAAGUGAACACUGCUUGAGAGAAGCCCACAGGACAUGGACAUGGAUGUCUCGAAGGUGACUUUAAAUGGAGACUCGGUCAUUUCGGUCAAUGGCACUGGGACAGGUCAAGCCCCCAAGGGCCUGAAGACCAUGCCCAAAGCUGUCCCUCCUGAAUCCAGCGAGGAGUUUCCUGUGACUUAUGAUGGAAAGACCUGUCCCCAGGAGAGAGGCCCCAUUGCUGGGGUGUACUUGGAGGCCUCGGCGCAGCCCCUGGGCUUCUAUGAAGCCAUCCAGCGAGGGCUACUCCCAGCCAAGGUAGGACUGGCUCUUCUUGAAGCCCAGGCAGCCACGGGGGGCCUCAUCGACCCCAUUCAGGGCCAGCUUCUCCCUGUGACUGAGGCUGUGAAACAGGGGCUGGUAGGCCUGGAGCUGAAAGAGAAGCUGCUCACAGCUGAGCGAGCCCUCACCGGCUACCCUGAUCCCUACGGGCCAGGGAAGCUGCCCCUCUUCCAGGCUCUCCACAAGGAAGUUGUGGCCAGGGAUUCAGGCCUGAGCUGGCUGGAAGCCCAGCUGGCCACGGGCGGCAUAAUAGAUCCUGCACAGGGGGGUCGUGUCUCACUGGAACUUGCCUACCAGAAGGGCCUCCUGGAUGAGGAGACAGGCCACAGCCUCUCUGACCCCGCAGCUGAUGGUCCCCGGGCCUUCUCUGACCCCAACACAAAGGAGCCACUCACCUACCAAGAGCUUAGGAGCAGGUGUGUGCUGAGCCCUGCCACGGGGCUGGCCCUGCUCCCACUGAAGAUCACCUUCCCAUCCCUGGGAGGGAUGGUGAGCAGCGAACAGCUUCUGGAGGCUGGCAUCCUGCCUAGGAAGGUGUUUGAAGAGCUGAGGGAGGGGAAGCUGCUUGUGCCUGAAGUGAGGGCUCGGGAAGAAGUGCAGUGUUAUUUGGAGGGGACAGGCAGUAUAGUCGGGGUCAUCGUCCCACCCACAGGCCAGAGGAGGAGCAUCUACCAGGCCCUGAUGGAGCACCUCCUCCCCCCGGGCACUGCCCUCGCCCUCCUCCAGGCUCAGGCUGCUACCUAUUCCCUCAUGGACCCUGCCAGUGAAAAGAAGCUGGGGCUGGAUGAGGCCGUCAGGGCUGGACUCGUGGGGCCUGAGUUCCGGGAGAAGCUCUUGGUAGCCGAGCGGGCGGUGACUGGGUACCCAGAUCCCUUCAGCAGGGGUCUCAUCCCCCUCUUUCAAGCCAUGAAAAAGGGGCUAGUACCGAAGGAACUGGCACUGCGACUUCUGGAGGCCCAGCUGGCCACGGGGGGGAUCAUCGAUCCGGUUAGGAAGCUCCGGCUGCCGCUGGAGACCGCCUUCCAAUGGGACUGCCUCGAUAAGGAGACAUUCGCCAGUCUCUCCCACCCUACUGGCUUCUUUGACCCCAACACCCAGGAGAACCUCACCUAUGAGCAGCUGCUGGUCCGCUGUGUCACUGAUCCAGAGACCGGCUCCCUCCUCCUGCCUCUCUGUGGGGGAGAUGACAAAGGGCAUCCAGAGGGACGCUGGUUCAUUGACCGUUCCACCCAGGAGGCCCUGAGGAAGGCCACGGCAGUUGCCACAGCAGGGAAGUUCAAAGGACAAAGAGUGUCUCUCUGGAAGCUUCUCUUCUUGGACGUCAUCCCAGCAGAGCAGAGGGCUGCCCUGGCCGGGCAGUACCAGGAGGGAGCGCUCUCCACAGAGAUGCUGGCGUCCCAGCUCGGCGCCAUCAUCGACCAGGCCGCUGCCGCCUCCCGGGUCACCUUUGAAGGCCUGAGGGAUCACGUGACGCCGAGGGAGCUCCUCAGGUCGGAGAUCAUCAACCAGGACCUGUAUGAGAAGCUGGAGCAAGGCCAGACGACAGCCCAGGACGUGGGGGGCCUCGACUCUGUGAGGAAGUACCUGCAAGGGACAGGGUGCAUCAGCGGCCUGCUCCUGCCCGACUCCCAGGAGAAGGUCAGCAUCUACGAGGCCCGCAGGAAGGGCUACCUGAGACCGGGCACGUCCCUCAUUCUUCUGGAGGCUCAGGCAGCCACCGGCUUUAUCAUCGACCCCAAGGAGAACAAGAGGCACUCUGUGGAGGAGGCCCUCAGGGCCGGCGUCAUCGGACCCGAUGUUUACGAAAAGCUGCUGUCCGCCGAGAGAGCGGUGACGGGCUACACGGACCCAUGCACGGGGGACAGGCUCUCCCUGUUCCAGGCCAUGAACAAAGAGCUCAUUGUCAGGGAGCACGGCGUGCGCCUGCUGGAGGCCCAGAUCGCCACGGGCGGCAUCAUCGACCCCGUGCACAGCCACCGCGUGCCCGUGGAGGUCGCCUACAAGCGCGGCUACUUUGACCGGACCAUGAACCUGAUCUUAUCCGACCCCUCGGACGACACCAAGGGCUUCUUCGACCCCAACACGCACGAGAACCUGACCUACCUGCAGCUGCUGGAGAAGUGUGUGACCGAGCCAGCCACCGGCCUCUGCCUCUUGCCACUCAACAGCCGGAAGCCCCAGCUGGUGACCGAAGCCACCCGCCAGGCUUUCCAGAAAUCCCUCCUGCUGGUGAAAUACGGCCGGUUCAAGGGUCAAAGGGUCUCCGUGUGGGACCUGAUCAACUCCGAGUACUUCCGGGAGGGCCAGAGGCGGGAGAUUCUGACCCACUACAAGCUGCGGAAGAUAACCCUGGAGCAGAUUGUGCGGAGACUGGAGGAGGAGAUGAAAAAGUGGGCAGGGGUCACCCUGCCGGCUCUCCGGGGUCGGGUCACCGCCUACCAGCUCCUGGAGUCCCGCAUCAUUGACCGUGACCUCCUCGAGCAGGUACUGGAUGGGAGGGUCAGCCCUGAGGAGCUCCUGAAAGUGGAGUCCGUCCGCAGGUACCUCCAUGGCUCAGGGACCAUCGGCGGGGUGCUCCUCCAGCCUUCCAACCAGAGGCUUAGUCUUUAUGAAGCCAUGAAGCAGAAACUGUUGGUUCCUGGAGUGGCCCUUCCCCUCCUCGAAGCCCAGGCUGCCACUGGCUCCAUCAUCGACCCCGUGAGCAAUGAAAAGCUCUCUGUGGAUGACGCUGUGCGAAAGGGGUUGGUGGGGCCGGAGCUCCACGAGAAGCUCCAUCAUGCUGAGGAGGCCGUGACGGGCUUCACGGACCCCUUUACAGGCAAGAAGGUUUCCCUUUUCCAGGCCAUGAAGAAAGGCCUGGUCCCUUCUCAGCAGGCCGUGCAGCUCCUGGAGGCGCAGGUAGCCACCGGGGGCAUCAUUGACCCCAACAGCCACCACCAUGUCCCCAUGGCAGUGGCCGCCCAGCGGGGCUACAUUGAUGAAGAGAUGGAGAAGACCCUCUCUGGAGCCUGCCCUGCCACCCUCCAGACCUUCUCUACAGUGGACGGGAGUGAGAGCCUCAGCUACGCCCAGCUUCUGGAGCAUUGCCAGCAGGACGAGGCUUCCGGCUGUCACCUGCUGCCCCUGCCCCAAACAGCCGCCCCCGUUUCCACGGAUGAGCAAAUCCAACAGGUCUUCCAGGACACACUAGUGGCUGAGAGGAGUGUGUCCCUCUGGGACCUGCUGUGCUCUGGGCACUUCACAGAUGAUCAGAGGGAAGCCUUCUUGGAAAACUUCCGUCUGGGGAGGAUGACGGUCCAAGAAAUCAUGGCUGCUGCUCUGAAGCAAGUGAGAGAAGCAGAACUACAAGCUCAGACCCACAUCAUGCUACCGGGCUUACGGGGGGAAGUCCCUGCUGUCUGGCUGCUGGACACAGGAAUCAUUGACCUGGACACCCUGGAGAAGCUGGUUCAGGGAACACAGUCACCAAGCGAGGUUGCCCAGAGACCAGAGGUGAAGCAGUACUUACAGGGGACAGGAUGCAUCGCCGGGGUCCAGGUGGAGGGAUCCAAGGUGAAGAUGAGCAUCUACCAGGCCAUGAAAAGCAACUUGCUUCCCCGCGGCCUUGGGCUGAGGCUGCUGGAGGCCCAGCUGGCUGCAGGCUUACUUGUUGACCCGGAGAACAACCGGAAACUGUCUGUGGAAGAUGCAGUCAAGGCUGGCGUGAUUGGAGGAGAGCUGAGUGAGCAGCUCAUCCAAGCAGAGCGAGCAGCGACUGGCUACACUGAUCCCUACACCGGCGGCACCAUCUCUGUCUGGCAGGCCAUGGGCAAAGGACUUAUUGACCAGAAUGAGGGCUUCCUCCUUCUGCAAGUACAGCUGGCUACAGGGGGGGUUGUAGACCCUAUCCACCACCUGCAUCUUCCCCUGCCAGCUGCCUGCAGGCUCGGCUUCUUAGAUGAGGAGACAGAUCAGGCCCUGGCCAAGACCACUGAAGAUAAGAGAUUUUUCUUCGACCCUAACACCCGUGACAAGGUGACAUAUCAGGAGUUAAAGGACAGGUGCAUCUUAGACUCCGACACAGGCUUAUGGCUGCUCCCUCUCUCCCAGAGUGUGGCGCUGGAUGUUGACGACCACACCAUCAUGGCUCUGAAAGCCAUGACGGUCCCCGUCAAGGUCGGGAGGUUCAAAGGCCAGACCGUGUCACUGUGGGACCUGCUCCACUCGGAGUAUGUUAGUGCUGACAAGCAGAAGGAGCUGGUAGACCUGGGUCGCUCAGGAAGGGCCGCGGCCCUUCGCCAGGUGGUCACAGAUGUCACCGCCCUCAUUGAGGAGACGGAGCAGAAGGCCAGGCAGAUCACAUUCCCUGGCCUCAGGAAGCAGGUGUCAGCCAAUGACCUGUUCAGAUCCCAGCUGAUUGACAAGAAAACACUGGACGAUCUGAACCAGGGCAAAAAAACGGUGCACGAAGUGACCGAGAUGGAGGGUGUGAAGAAGUUCCUGGAGGGGACCAACUUCAUAGCUGGAGUGCUCAUCCAGGGCACAAAGGAGAGGCUGAGCAUCUAUGACGCCAUGCGAAGGCACAUCCUGAGGCCGGGCACGGCCCUGGUGCUGCUGGAGGCCCAGGCUGCCACUGGAUUCAUCAUCAACCCUCUGCAGAACCAGAGGCUGUCCGUGAAUGAAGCUGUGGCUGCAGGGUUGUUAGGGGGGGAGCUACAGGAAGACCUCCAGAAUUCAGAGAAGGCAGUAACUGGCUAUCAGGACCCAGACACAGGUGAGAGGAUAUCCCUCUACAAGGCCAUGAAGAAAGCUCUAGUAGAAAAAGAGGAGGCAAUGAGGAUGCUGGAGGCACAAGUAGCCACAGGAGGAGUAAUUGACCCAAACUAUGGUCAUCGCCUUCCCAUAGAUGUGGCCUGCAAGCGGGGCUGCUUAGACCCCGAAACAUACAACUUACUAUCAAAUACCAAGCAUGGAAGCAGAAGAUUUCAGGAUCCAAAUACACAUGAGAAAGUGAACUAUGCAGAACUCCAUUCCAGGUGCAUGAAAGAUCCAAAAACAGGUUUGGCACUGCUGCCCAUAGUCAAACAUGAAAAGACUUACAGAUAUAUGGACGAAGUCAUUGAAAAGGCACUCAAAGCAGAAAUGGUGACAGUGGAAAAGGGGAAGUAUAGAGGGCAAAAGAUGUCAGUGUGGGACCUACUUUGCUCUGAAUAUGUCACGGAAGAAAAGAAACAGGAAUUAGUGAACAGGUAUAGGGAAGACACAUCAAAAGCAUUAGAAAGUAUUGUGAAUAUAAUUUGGGAAUUAAUUGAGGAAAAAGAAAACAAAAGAAAGGAGGUAUGGUUCCAAGGUUUGAGAAGACAAGUAACAGCGGGUGAACUUUACAAGGCCGAUAUAAUUAAUAAAGAUACAUUACAAGAAUUGGAGAAGGGACAAAAACAAGUAAAAGAAAUUGCAGAAAGAGUGAAAAAGUACCUUGAAGGCACCAGCUGCAUCGCGGGCGUCCUGGUGCCGUCCAAGGAGGACCCGGCCAAGCAGGAGAAGAUGAGCAUCUACCAGGCCAUGUGGAAGGGCAUCCUGCGGCCGGGCACGGCCCUGGUGCUGCUGGAGGCCCAGGCUGCCACUGGAUUCAUCAUCGACCCCGUGCAAAACAAGAAGCUGUCUGUAGAUCAGGCCUUGCCAGCUGGACUAAUUGGCAGAGAAGUGUAUGAGAAACUCCUGAGUGCAGAAAAGGCAGUGACUGGCUACACGGAACCCUACACCAACAAGCAAAUUUCUCUCUUUGAAGCCAUGAACAAGGGACUGAUUUUAAAGUCCCACGCCAUCCGACUUUUAGAGGCCCAGAUCGCCACGGGCGGCAUCAUCGACCCUGUGCACAGCCACCGCGUGCCCGUGGAGGUCGCCUACCAGCGCGGCUACUUUGACGAGGAGAUGAACCAGAUUCUCUCCGACCCCUCGGACGAUACCAAGGGCUUCUUCGACCCCAACACUCACGAAAACCUCACUUACCUGCAACUAUUGGAGAGAUGCAUUCAGGAAUCAGAAACUGGACUGUAUAUGCUGCAAAUAGUACAGAAAGGAGAAAGCUACAUAUACAUAGAUGAGACCACAAAACAGCUGCUGCGAUCCAGGACCACCAAGGUGCCCAUCGGGAAAUUUGCCAAUCAGAUUGUUUCUGUCUGGGACUUGCUUUCCUCACAGUAUUUCACACAGCAGAAAAAGAGAGAUCUGGUCAGACAAUUCAGAUCAAACACUCUGCACCUGGACCAACUCUUAGAAAUUAUUAUAACGACCAUUGAGGAAACGGAAAAACAGAACCAAGCAAUCAAGGUGAAAGGACUCCGUGGGGAUGUGACAGCUGCUGAGCUGUUCAACUCUGAGAUCAUUGAUGAGAAAGUCCUUGCCGGACUUCCAAAGGGAAAAAGGGCAGCAGAAAAACUUAGCCAACUAGAAUCAGUGAAAAGGUACAUGGAAGGGACUGGUUGCAUUGCUGGGGUGCUGAUACCAUCAACAAAGGAGAAACUGAGUGUCUAUGAGGCUAUGAACAGAGAAGUGAUGCCCAAGCUAAUUGGAAUGCAGCUUCUACAGGCACAGGCUGCCACUGGCUUCAUCAUCAACCCUCUGCAGAACCAGAGGCUGUCCGUGAAUGAAGCUGUGGCUGCAGGGUUGUUAGGGGGGGAGCUACAGGAAGACCUCCAGAAUUCAGAGAAGGCAGUAACUGGCUAUCAGGACCCAGACACAGGUGAGAGGAUAUCCCUCUACAAGGCCAUGAAGAAAGCUCUAGUAGAAAAAGAGGAGGCAAUGAGGAUGCUGGAGGCACAAGUAGCCACAGGAGGAGUAAUUGACCCAAACUAUGGUCAUCGCCUUCCCAUAGAUGUGGCCUGCAAGCGGGGCUGCUUAGACCCCGAAACAUACAACUUACUAUCAAAUACCAAGCAUGGAAGCAGAAGAUUUCAGGAUCCAAAUACACAUGAGAAAGUGAACUAUGCAGAACUCCAUUCCAGGUGCAUGAAAGAUCCAAAAACAGGUUUGGCACUGCUGCCCAUAGUCAAACAUGAAAAGACUUACAGAUAUAUGGACGAAGUCAUUGAAAAGGCACUCAAAGCAGAAAUGGUGACAGUGGAAAAGGGGAAGUAUAGAGGGCAAAAGAUGUCAGUGUGGGACCUACUUUGCUCUGAAUAUGUCACGGAAGAAAAGAAACAGGAAUUAGUGAACAGGUAUAGGGAAGACACAUCAAAAGCAUUAGAAAGUAUUGUGAAUAUAAUUUGGGAAUUAAUUGAGGAAAAAGAAAACAAAAGAAAGGAGGUAUGGUUCCAAGGUUUGAGAAGACAAGUAACAGCGGGUGAACUUUACAAGGCCGAUAUAAUUAAUAAAGAUACAUUACAAGAAUUGGAGAAGGGACAAAAACAAGUAAAAGAAAUUGCAGAAAGAGUGAAAAAGUACCUUGAAGGCACCAGCUGCAUCGCAGGUGUCCUGGUGCCGUCCAAGGAGGACCCGGCCAAGCAGGAGAAGAUGAGCAUCUACCAGGCCAUGUGGAAGGGCAUCCUGCGGCCGGGCACGGCCCUGGUGCUGCUGGAGGCUCAGGCCGCCACGGGCUUCGUCAUCGACCCGCUGCGCAACCAGAAACUGUCGGUGGACGAGGCCGUGGCCGCAGGCGUGGUGGGCGGUGAGAUCCAGGAGAAGCUGCUGUCCGCCGAGAGGGCCGUCACCGGCUACACCGACCCGUACUCGGGAGAGCAGAUCUCCCUCUUCCAGGCCAUGAAGAGGGACCUCAUCGUCAAGGACCACGGCGUGAGGCUGCUGGAGGCCCAGAUCGCCACGGGCGGCGUCAUCGACCCGGUGCACAGCCACCGCGUGCCGGUGGAGGUGGCCUACCAGCGCGGCUACUUUGACGAGGAGAUGAACCAGAUCCUCUCCGACCCCUCGGACGACACCAAGGGCUUCUUCGACCCCAACACGCACGAGAACCUGACCUACAUGCAGCUGCUGCGCAGGUGCGUGCGCGACCCGGACACCGGCCUCUUCAUGUUGCAGCUGGCCGACAAGAGCUCCGCAGUGUCCCAGCUGAGCGAGCAGAUGCGGCGCGCCCUGCAGGACGCCUGGGUCACGGUGCACGGGGGCCUCUUCCGGGGCCAGACCGUGUCCGUGUGGGAACUCCUGUUCUGCAGGGACGUGGCCGAGAGCAAGAGGCAGGCGCUGCUGAGGAAGUACCGGGCGGGCGCCCUGACCAUCGAGGAGCUCACCAGCACCCUCACCAGCCUGGUGACGGAGGCAGGCGACCGUCGCGACGCCCCCACGGCCAGCUCAGGGGAGCUCAGCUCCCGCCGAGACGGACUGCACCCGCGCAGCAAGCUGCAGGCCGCCACCAUGGAGGUGGAGGUCGGCCACUUGAAGGGGCGGAAAGUGCCGGUCUGGGACGUCCUGGUGUCCACGUACGUGACGCAGGUCACCCGGGAGGACCUCCUGGCCCAGUACGACUCGGGGGCCCUGCCCCUGCCAGCGCUGACGCGCAGGCUCACCACCAUCAUCGAAGAGGCCGAAGGCGGGUCUCAGGAGGCAGAAGCGCGAGAAGAGGCGGAGAACGCCCGCCGCCGCCGCGAGGAAGCCCUCGGGGCGCUGAGGAACACCACCAUGGAGGUGAAAGUCGGGCAGUUCCAGGGGCAGAAGGUGUCGGUGUGGGAAGUGCUCUUCUCCACGUACCUGACCGACGCCAGGAGGGAGGAGCUCCUGGCCCAGCACGCGUCCGGCGCCCUGACCCUGCCGGCCCUCAUCGCCACCCUCACCAGCAUCAUCGAGGAGACGGAGGAGAAGCUGAGCAAGGUGUCUUUCCGCGGCCUGAGGAGGCAGGUGUCGGCCUCGGAGCUGCGCACCUCCAACAUCCUGGGGCUGGACACCCUGCGCGAGCUGGCCCAGGGCACCAAGAGCCUGCAAGAGAUCACGGAGAUGGACUCAGUCAAGAGGUACCUGGAGGGCACCAGCUGCAUCGCGGGCGUCCUGGUGCCGUCCAAGGAGGACCCGGCCAAGCAGGAGAAGAUGAGCAUCUACCAGGCCAUGUGGAAGGGCAUCCUGCGGCCGGGCACGGCCCUGGUGCUGCUGGAGGCUCAGGCCGCCACGGGCUUCGUCAUCGACCCGCUGCGCAACCAGAAACUGUCGGUGGACGAGGCCGUGGCCGCAGGCGUGGUGGGCGGUGAGAUCCAGGAGAAGCUGCUGUCCGCCGAGAGGGCCGUCACCGGCUACACCGACCCGUACUCGGGAGAGCAGAUCUCCCUCUUCCAGGCCAUGAAGAGGGACCUCAUCGUCAAGGACCACGGCGUGAGGCUGCUGGAGGCCCAGAUCGCCACGGGCGGCGUCAUCGACCCGGUGCACAGCCACCGCGUGCCGGUGGAGGUGGCCUACCAGCGCGGCUACUUUGACGAGGAGAUGAACCAGAUCCUCUCCGACCCCUCGGACGACACCAAGGGCUUCUUCGACCCCAACACGCACGAGAACCUGACCUACAUGCAGCUGCUGCGCAGGUGCGUGCGCGACCCGGACACCGGCCUCUUCAUGUUGCAGCUGGCCGACAAGAGCUCCGCAGUGUCCCAGCUGAGCGAGCAGAUGCGGCGCGCCCUGCAGGACGCCUGGGUCACGGUGCACGGGGGCCUCUUCCGGGGCCAGACCGUGUCCGUGUGGGAACUCCUGUUCUGCAGGGACGUGGCCGAGAGCAAGAGGCAGGCGCUGCUGAGGAAGUACCGGGCGGGCGCCCUGACCAUCGAGGAGCUCACCAGCACCCUCACCAGCCUGGUGACGGAGGCAGGCGACCGUCGCGACGCCCCCACGGCCAGCUCAGGGGAGCUCAGCUCCCGCCGAGACGGACUGCACCCGCGCAGCAAGCUGCAGGCCGCCACCAUGGAGGUGGAGGUCGGCCACUUGAAGGGGCGGAAAGUGCCGGUCUGGGACGUCCUGGUGUCCACGUACGUGACGCAGGUCACCCGGGAGGACCUCCUGGCCCAGUACGACUCGGGGGCCCUGCCCCUGCCAGCGCUGACGCGCAGGCUCACCACCAUCAUCGAAGAGGCCGAAGGCGGGUCUCAGGAGGCAGAAGCGCGAGAAGAGGCGGAGAACGCCCGCCGCCGCCGCGAGGAAGCCCUCGGGGCGCUGAGGAACACCACCAUGGAGGUGAAAGUCGGGCAGUUCCUGGGGCAGAAGGUGUCGGUGUGGGAAGUGCUCUUCUCCACGUACCUGACCGACGCCAGGAGGGAGGAGCUCCUGGCCCAGCACGCGUCCGGCGCCCUGACCCUGCCGGCCCUCAUCGCCACCCUCACCAGCAUCAUCGAGGAGACGGAGGAGAAGCUGAGCAAGGUGUCUUUCCGCGGCCUGAGGAGGCAGGUGUCGGCCUCGGAGCUGCGCACCUCCAACAUCCUGGGGCUGGACACCCUGCGCGAGCUGGCCCAGGGCACCAAGAGCCUGCAAGAGAUCACGGAGAUGGACUCAGUCAAGAGGUACCUGGAGGGCACCAGCUGCAUCGCGGGCGUCCUGGUGCCGUCCAAGGAGGACCCGGCCAAGCAGGAGAAGAUGAGCAUCUACCAGGCCAUGUGGAAGGGCAUCCUGCGGCCGGGCACGGCCCUGGUGCUGCUGGAGGCUCAGGCCGCCACGGGCUUCGUCAUCGACCCGCUGCGCAACCAGAAACUGUCGGUGGACGAGGCCGUGGCCGCAGGCGUGGUGGGCGGUGAGAUCCAGGAGAAGCUGCUGUCCGCCGAGAGGGCCGUCACCGGCUACACCGACCCGUACUCGGGAGAGCAGAUCUCCCUCUUCCAGGCCAUGAAGAGGGACCUCAUCGUCAAGGACCACGGCGUGAGGCUGCUGGAGGCCCAGAUCGCCACGGGCGGCGUCAUCGACCCGGUGCACAGCCACCGCGUGCCGGUGGAGGUGGCCUACCAGCGCGGCUACUUUGACGAGGAGAUGAACCAGAUCCUCUCCGACCCCUCGGACGACACCAAGGGCUUCUUCGACCCCAACACGCACGAGAACCUGACCUACAUGCAGCUGCUGCGCAGGUGCGUGCGCGACCCGGACACCGGCCUCUUCAUGUUGCAGCUGGCCGACAAGAGCUCCGCAGUGUCCCAGCUGAGCGAGCAGAUGCGGCGCGCCCUGCAGGACGCCUGGGUCACGGUGCACGGGGGCCUCUUCCGGGGCCAGACCGUGUCCGUGUGGGAACUCCUGUUCUGCAGGGACGUGGCCGAGAGCAAGAGGCAGGCGCUGCUGAGGAAGUACCGGGCGGGCGCCCUGACCAUCGAGGAGCUCACCAGCACCCUCACCAGCCUGGUGACGGAGGCAGGCGACCGUCGCGACGCCCCCACGGCCAGCUCAGGGGAGCUCAGCUCCCGCCGAGACGGACUGCACCCGCGCAGCAAGCUGCAGGCCGCCACCAUGGAGGUGGAGGUCGGCCACUUGAAGGGGCGGAAAGUGCCGGUCUGGGACGUCCUGGUGUCCACGUACGUGACGCAGGUCACCCGGGAGGACCUCCUGGCCCAGUACGACUCGGGGGCCCUGCCCCUGCCAGCGCUGACGCGCAGGCUCACCACCAUCAUCGAAGAGGCCGAAGGCGGGUCUCAGGAGGCAGAAGCGCGAGAAGAGGCGGAGAACGCCCGCCGCCGCCGCGAGGAAGCCCUCGGGGCGCUGAGGAACACCACCAUGGAGGUGAAAGUCGGGCAGUUCCAGGGGCAGAAGGUGUCGGUGUGGGAAGUGCUCUUCUCCACGUACCUGACCGACGCCAGGAGGGAGGAGCUCCUGGCCCAGCACGCGUCCGGCGCCCUGACCCUGCCGGCCCUCAUCGCCACCCUCACCAGCAUCAUCGAGGAGACGGAGGAGAAGCUGAGCAAGGUGUCUUUCCGCGGCCUGAGGAGGCAGGUGUCGGCCUCGGAGCUGCGCACCUCCAACAUCCUGGGGCUGGACACCCUGCGCGAGCUGGCCCAGGGCACCAAGAGCCUGCAAGAGAUCACGGAGAUGGACUCAGUCAAGAGGUACCUGGAGGGCACCAGCUGCAUCGCGGGCGUCCUGGUGCCGUCCAAGGAGGACCCGGCCAAGCAGGAGAAGAUGAGCAUCUACCAGGCCAUGUGGAAGGGCAUCCUGCGGCCGGGCACGGCCCUGGUGCUGCUGGAGGCUCAGGCCGCCACGGGCUUCGUCAUCGACCCGCUGCGCAACCAGAAACUGUCGGUGGACGAGGCCGUGGCCGCAGGCGUGGUGGGCGGUGAGAUCCAGGAGAAGCUGCUGUCCGCCGAGAGGGCCGUCACCGGCUACACCGACCCGUACUCGGGAGAGCAGAUCUCCCUCUUCCAGGCCAUGAAGAGGGACCUCAUCGUCAAGGACCACGGCGUGAGGCUGCUGGAGGCCCAGAUCGCCACGGGCGGCGUCAUCGACCCGGUGCACAGCCACCGCGUGCCGGUGGAGGUGGCCUACCAGCGCGGCUACUUUGACGAGGAGAUGAACCAGAUCCUCUCCGACCCCUCGGACGACACCAAGGGCUUCUUCGACCCCAACACGCACGAGAACUUGACCUACAUGCAGCUCCUUCAGAGAUGUAGUUUGGAUCCUGACAGUGGCCUCUUAUUUCUUUCACUUAAAUAAUGUUUAAUUUCUCUUCUUUCAUUGAUUUCAUCUUCGUCAAUACAAUUUUCAAUAUUUUUGCAUUUUUCGUUUGUUUUUUUUUUCACUGCUUUAUUUUUUAGAUGUCUAUUUUUCUUUGAAUUAUUUUAUUGCAAUUUCUUUUGUUAUGGUUCAUUUUAAACUACUGUCAUCUUUGUUUUGUAUUUGUCCUCAUUUGCACUCUCUUAUUUUUGUACAGUACUUCUAAAUUAUAUUUUUUUCAUGCAACUGUGCUCUGCACUAAUUAAAUCUCAUGUAUUCAUAA